CGAAACUACUCAUGUGACCAAUCUCAACAUGGCGCGGACAUUCGCCCUCUAUCAUUUUGCUUGCAUUGUUGGAUUGGUUUUCAGCAAUGGGGAGUACCGAGAGAGGGAAACUGUGUCGGUCACAGCAUCUAAUGGCAUGCCAUGGCCCAUGCCUCAGCAGUAUUCUUCUACAAGCGACACGUUUACCAUCAAUCGGAAUGCAUUUAAAUUCAGAGCCACGGGACAGAGCUGCGAUAUUUUGUCAUCCGCUUUCUUCCGCUAUCAGACAAUAAUUUUUGGAUUCAGAGAGGAGGUUCUCAAGUUUCAUCCCAAGUUUAAAGCGGGCUCACUAACAGAGUUGGAUGUCAAUGUCAAAAACAAGUGUGAUCGGUACCCUUACCUUGGAAUGGAUGAGUCAUAUAACCUGACCAUUAGUUCAUCUGGAGCUACUCUCAACUCUAACAGUGUCUGGGGUGCCUUGCGGGGCAUAGAAACAUUCAGUCAGCUUGUUUUGCAACAAAGUAAAGAUAUGUUCACAGUGAAUGGUACAACAAUAGUUGACUACCCUCGUUUCCAGCACAGAGGACUUCUAUUGGACACAUCCAGACAUUUCCUGGAUGUUUCCAUCAUCAAACAAAACCUGCUUGCCAUGUCUCAGAGUAAAUUCAAUGUCUUCCACUGGCACAUUGUUGACGAUCAGUCCUUCCCCUACACUAGUAACAACUUCCCUGAUAUGGCAACUAUGGGAGCAUAUGAUUCUAAACAUAUAUACACUCAGGACCAAAUAGCAGAAAUCAUAGAAUUUGCCAGAAUUCUUGGAAUAAGAGUUAUUCCAGAAUUUGAUUCACCAGGCCACUCUCAGUCUUGGGGCAAGUCCAUUAAAGACCUCCUUACAAGGUGUUACUCCAGUGGUAAGCCUAAUGGUCAGUACGGACCCAUAGACCCGUCUCUGGAGACCUCCUAUGGAUUUCUCUCCAAAUUCUUUACUGAGAUCGCCAAAGUGUUUCCCGAUCACUACGUUCACCUGGGAGGUGAUGAAGUCAACUUUGACUGUUGGAAAAGUAAUCCAAACAUUACUGCUUUUAUGAAACAAAAGGACUUUGGAACUGAUUAUGCAAAAUUGGAGGAAUAUUACAUGCAAAGACUGUUAGAUAUUGUGAGUGGGGUCAAGAAAGGUUACAUGAUCUGGCAGGAGGUAGUGGACAAUGGAGCCAAGAUUUCGAAGGAGACGAUUGUAGAGAUUUAUAAGAGCGAGGCAUACCUGUAUCAUGUAUUUUUGACAACCUUGAAAGGAUACAGAACAGUACUUCAAGCAUGCUGGUAUUUAGACUUAAUCAAAUAUGGAGUCCAGUGGCCGGCUUUUUAUUCCUGUGACCCCCAUGAUUUUUUUGGUACUGCUGAGCAAAAGAAGCUUGUGAUUGGAGGAGAGACCUGUAUGUGGGGCGAGUAUGUGGACAACACUAACGUCCUCUCCAGGACGUGGCCACGGGCCUCUGUGGUAGCUGAGCGUUUGUGGAGUGCCCAGAAUGUAAAGGAUGCCACCGCUGCAGCACCAAGACUGGAGGAACACCGCUGUAGAAUGAUCAAGAGGGGUUUCCCUGCUGAGGCAGUGAAUGGACCAGGCUAUUGUUCCCAGGAGUACUCUAUACAUGAACCUGUGUAAAUACUAGAGAGAGAAUGGAACCUAAGAGGACACAGUUUACCUGUCUGUUGACAAGAAAGACGCAUUUAUACAUGAAUACUUAAUAAAGGGAGUUUGUCAGUUCUGAUAUAUACACAUACGUAAAUUUAGUUUCUUUUUUUUUUAAGUGUUUACUCUCCUUUUCUCAGUUUCUUGGACAGCUUUGAUGAGUUCAAAUUAUUAUUGAUGUCCAUCUGAACUUAAAUUUGUCAAGAUACCCUGUGAAGAACACCAAAUUAUGUGUUUAAAUAAUAUACAUAUAUAUAGUCAUUAUAGAGAUUACUUUAUGUAUUUGUAAAUAUAUACUUCUCAAUGUAUUGAUGUAAUAUUCUGUGAUUUUUUUUACUGUGAUUUUCAUGUAUUCAUAUUCUCAUUUACCGGAUAUUUAACAAAUCCUGCAAAAAAGGGCCUGUUGUCACUCAUUUUUGUUCAUGUUUACCAUAGUCGCUGAAAGAGUGAAAGAACAUUUUUUUUUCUUGAAAAGGUGUUUAGCGUGAAAUAUUUAUAUCUUUUUAAUGCAUUUACUUGCUUCUACAUGUACACGCAAUCAGAAUUUCUUACUGCCUAUCAGAAUUAGUUGCUUUAAGCUUGUAGAUAUAAAUAACUGCACAGUUUGACCUAUUAUUUUUUUUAUUUUUAAAACCUUGCAUGCUUUGUAUAUUAAAAUUGCGUAAAUUGUGUGAAUUUUCUUUAAACAUUCCAUUCAGUAUGAUUUUUCUCUAUCUGGAAUUAUAUAUGCUAGUAGAAGAGAAAAUCCAAGAUUUUAUUCCAUUACUAAGACAUGGUUUGAAAAAAGCUUUAUUUGCAUUUUGUCAACUACUCUUAACUAUUUGAGAGAUGUUUCAUUGAAAUUGUGUUUAAACAUUUUUUGUUUCUGAAUAGUGCUAAUAAAUUGAAAGUUCUUUAUACACAUGCA